UAGAAAACCGAUUGAUCUCGUAUCAUGUUGUGUUUUGCUGUUCAUAUCUGCUCUUUCCGCGCCUUUCCUGUUAGUAGACUUGAAAAGUUUGAUAACUUUGUUACCUUGAAGCCAAGUACUAUCGUAUUUUCAUUGAGAAAGAAACUUUCUGGUAAUAGUUGCCGUUGCAAUACUGUGAAGAUGGUAAACCAGAAAAACUAUUCUGGCAUUCUAGUGCUAGCUGUUAUCUCUGUUUUGAGCACUAGUUCUAUUUUGUGUCUUCAUAAAACACCUUCUUAUUGUGAAAACGCUUAUGCAGCGGUUGCUCUGAACGAAAACUCUUCAAAACCGGAAGUAGAAUUUCUAAGCGAAAUUUGGAAGCUUGUAGAUAAAUACUAUUAUGACGAAACGUAUUCAGGUCAUUCCUGGACUCAAGUUUGGAAAGAGUAUCAUACAAAAUUGACAUCAAGAAGAGAAACAACAUACAAGAUUGCAACAUCGAUGCUGAAAGUUUUGAAGGAUCCAUAUAGCACAGUUGUGAGACCCGCAGAUUUUCGAAGGCUUCUCAAAUAUGAUAUGACAGGAACGGGUUUGUUGUUGGCACCUUCAGAUGAUGGUUAUCUUAUAGUUACCGGUCCGCCACCGAAGGGUAGUCCCGCGAAUAAAGUUGGCGUUCGAGUAGGUGAUCGAGUCACUGCUAUAAAUGGUAAACCAGUGAAGGGAAUGACAAGUAUAGAAGCAGCCGAGGCCUUGCAAGGUGAUGGAAAGAGCCAGCUGGUUCUCGUUUUAGAUUCGAAAGGAAAAGGAAGUGAAUAUCGCACAGUCACCUUGGACAGAGAAUAUUCGAAUGAGAAUGCUAUUUCAUCUUAUAGGAUUUUUUCUCAUAAUACAAGUGGUAGAGAAUAUCGAAUUGGAUAUAUCAAGAUUAGAGAAUUCAAUGCCAGCGUGGCUUACAAAUUAUUACAAGUUGUUAAUUACUUGGAACAGCAAGGUGCUAACGCAUAUAUUCUAGACUUGCAGGGAAACCGAGGAGGUGCCCUUGAAGGAGCAUUUCAAGUCGCUGGCAUAUUUAUGGAACAUGGUACAGUCGUGCGAAUAUUGGAUAGGAACCAUCAUGAAGACCAGCUAACUGUCCAAUCAACACAUAGACUGCAGGCUGACAAUAUAACUCCUACAAGUGAUCCUAUUGUCAUUCUUACCGAUAAAUACUCAGCUAGUGCAUCGGAGAUAUUAGCAAGCGCUUUGCAUGAUAACUGUCGAGCUGUUUUGGUUGGAGAGAAAACUUUUGGAAAGGGUUUAGUACAAGCCGUUUUUGGGCUUUCGGACGGGGGUGGUUUGAUUUUGACUGUUGCUGAAUAUCAAACUCCUAACCAUACCAACAUUCAUAAGAAAGGAAUUGAACCCGAUAUAUACUUGAAACAAAGAAAUCCCAUUUCCGUCAUUCGAGAAUGGGAUAAGAUAGAUAAGCAAUUAUGCCAAUGUCGACAACAAAUAGAGAAUAGCAGCAAUCUACGUUGACAACGAGCUGGACGAAUCUAAAGUCAUAUAAAUGACAACUAUAAAUUGCUGUUAUUCAUUCGUUUUUCGUUAUCAUUUCUCACAAGUUGCAGUUCAAUUGCAACGAAACAACUUUGUCAUAUUAUUUCAUCCAACCAUAUCAACUCUGUGCUUAAGAAACAACUUGGAGGAAAGACUCAAAGUCAAGGUAAAAGCAAUUUCAGAAAAGUAAUCGUGCCUUGUUGGAUUAUAUCAUAGCUUUGCCUUGAGUCUCGCUGGUCUUGUAGUAUUCAACGAUGCUUCGUGUUCACUUAUGUUCUGGUAGCCUUUCCACCAUUUAAUAGACUGGUCCUCUUGAAAGCAUUUUGUUGGCAACUCGUAAGCCAUUCGAAAACGUCUAUUUCUAUUUCACAAUAUUCUGAGGAUAACAACACAAGUCUCAAGGAGAAACACUAUGACAUACCUAACAAAACCAUUCGCUUAAUUUUUCCAAAAUAUAUCAAAGUACGCAACAAAUAAUUGGAGACUAUCUUACAAGUUGUCAAGGAACACAGAGUCUUGGGAAUAUACAUCUACCUCAAACUUUGACAAAUGCAUACUCACAAAAUGAGCAUGAGAAUUUUAUGUAUCGAAUGUUAGCCUAAUAGCUGUCCUAAAGGUAGAAAGCUUUAGUC